AGCACUUUGAUCCCUUGCCCUGUCAAAAACAGGUAAUUUCUGUUGAGCAGCCAUGAACAGAUGAACCUUCACACUCUGCCUUUUUCCCUUUCUUUGCUCCUUCUAUCUAGAAACCAUGGACAACAUAACAACCACUGAGCUCCCGAGUGGUCUGCCCGGGCACCCCGAUGUGGCGCCACUCUCCCAGGUCUCCCUGCAGGUCCAGGAGGUCUACCCAUUCCACGACGGCUGGAAUGUGGCCUGCUUCAUUAUUCUCCUCCUCUUCAUCCUCACCGUGUUGUCUCUGGCUGCCCUGGCAGUGCUCUAUGAGCUGCUGGACUGCGGAUGCUGCGCCAAAGGAAAAACACACCGCCAGCUCCAGGAGGAGAGGCCAGGAGGCUUCAGCAAGCUGAUGAGCGGCUUCCGCCGAACACCACAGUCCCACACUGAGGUGGUGUAAAGGCAGCAAAGCAGGAGGUGGUGAAAGCAGUGAUUCGGCAUUGAAUUUGCCAGUGUCACAGCUUCGGCCAUGGUCCUAAUUCAGAGACAACUUAUAAAAUGGCCCAACAGUGCUUGGACUGCUCACACGGGGAAGGAUGUGCAAAAUGGGGCUGGGGCAAGGGACAGGGCAAGGUAAUACUAAAGGAGAUGGAUAACAAUCUUUAUUUUGCUUAGUAAUGUGAAGUAUGCCUAAUUUGGUCAACAAUGAAAUGAAAAUGUCACCCUCUAUGUUUACAAUCUUUACACCAGUACAAAUACAGGUUGUAUCCAGUUGUUACUUAUUGACUACUAGAUAGUACACUGCACUGAAAUGUACAAAAAUAGCGACUUUCUGACUUUUCACAGAAUGGCAGGUAGAAUGCAGUUAAUAAAUAUAGAACGGCCAUUUGAAACGGCACUGUACUAGAAAAUCACAAUAGGCAAUUAGUCUUUUUAACGAAAGAAAAUAAUUUCUAGGCUGUCUCAGCUUUGCACAUGAUUGUGGCCAACAGGAUGCAUCCUAUGUGUCCAAGAUAAUGCCACAAUAAAAGAUCUGUUCUGAUAUGGCACAGGACGUUACUUACUGCUGGGAAAUUUUGUCCAAAAGGUUUGCAAUUAUGCCUUUAUUAGCUCAUCAACUAGACCUAACCAACAACAGCUCAACUGAUGAAGCUUAAUUUGAUAUCGUCAAAGGUUUAGGUCAAGCCCAUUUUCUCCAGUCUUUCACCAUUUAAUAUUGUCAACAUGUUCAGCACAUUAUUUAUGAUGAUUGACACCUGAAUGCUGCACAGUGAUGGUCAAUAGCAAAGUCAUGUUGAGCACACGGUAUGAUUUUAAAUGCCUUAACACAACAUAUCCAAUAAAUGAU